UGUAAACAAAAACAAACGUUUGCAAUCUUUUGGCCGCACUAAACAAUGUCUAGUAGAAAAUACAGUGAUGUUAAUCUCUACGACUUACUGGGCGUGUCCAUUGAAGCCGACCAGACUGAGAUACGCAAGGCAUACAGAAAACGCGCACUCGUUUGCCAUCCAGAUAAGAAUCCUGACAAUCCAAAGGCGGCUGAAAGAUUUCAUGAGCUCUCCAAGGCUUUAGAAAUACUUAGUGAUGCCUCAGCACGCGCAGCUUAUGACAAAGUGCUUAAGGCGAAAAAAGCAGCCGAACUGCGAACCAAGCAGCUGGACAGCAAGCGCCAAAAGCUAAAGGAGGAACUAGAAGAGCGCGAACGUGCAGCGCUAAAUAAGUUGCACUCGGCGCAGCCCUAUAGCACUGUACGUAAAAGCGAUGAGGAAGUGUUGCAGGAACAAAUUGAGCGUUUGCGGCGCGAAGGAUCCAAGCUGCUGGAAGAGGAGCAUCAGGCCAUGAGGGAGCAACUUCAGCGUAACUACAAGGAGCAGCAGCAGCAGCAACAACAGGAAAAAGAUAAAUUUGAUUCUGCGCAGCAUCGUAUCAAAAUUAAGUGGAAGGCGGAGAAGAACGAUGAGAGUAAUGGCGGCUAUACUGAGGAACAGUUGAUGAAGUAUCUCAAGAAAUAUGGUGAAGUAGUGGCGCUUGUAAUGAAUCCCAAAAUACGUGGACGUGCUAUGGUUGAGCUGAAGACACGUGAAGCCUGCGAUAUGGUGCUGUCCUAUGAACAUGGUGAUCCCGCAAAUCCUUUGCACUUUCAAUGGGUAACGCCGCCAGUGGAAAAGCAACGCACUGUGCCCACCAAUAACGCAACUGCCCAUGACUAUGAGGACUUGGUUAUGCGUAAACUGCGCCAAGCAGCGGAACGCAAGCGCCUUAUAGAGCAAAUGAUGAAAGAGGAGGCUGAUAAUUAAGUAAUAAUAACCGCUAAGUUUUUGAAAUGUACCUUAUAAGAAAAUAAAAUAAGUUGGCAGCGCUGCCCAAGCAGCGAUAUAUUUGUU